AUGACACCAACGGCGGUCGGGUCGCUUCAAACGCAAGAGGAUUUUCGACAAUAUUAUAGUAAAUUUCAAUUUCCGCAUCGGAAUCGCAAAAUAGAGGACGAAAUUCUGAGUUUGCUCAAAUUCUACGCGUUCGAUGAUGCCAUAGUAUUAGCCGAAUUCAAUUACGAAAGAAAAAUGACAAAUGAUAGUCUAUUUUUGUACGCCGAUUGUCUGAUGCGCGCGAAUCGCAAAGAGCAGGUUUUCGGCCUACUUUUGACGAGAAAAACCGCCGGUGCUCAAACGCGAUUCCUAUUCGCCAAAUGUUGCUUCGAAUUGAACAAAAUGGACGAAUGCCGUCAGACGCUCAUGGAUUCCGAGACCGGCCAAUUACGACCGGAAUUCCUCGAAGACUCCGAAUUGGCCGCCCAUGUGCUCUUUCUCUACGCGAAACUUUUAGGGCACGAAUCGCAAACCGACGACGCCGUCGAGCAGUGUCGUCGCGGUUUGGAGCGCUGUAUUCUCGCGUGGUCCGCAAUUUGUAUGUACAUUCAAUUCGGCGGCAAAAAUAUCAACGAUUUGCUGAUGCCGCAUCGGAUGCGCGUCUACGAGGGGAAAAUGCCGCCCGCCGAGCGCGGUUGUCAACGAACGCUCGCCGAUCUCGGCGAGGUCAUCAAAUUGCAGGCGGACGUCGUCGACGAGAAGGAGAAGCUGAAAAAAGCGACGUCGUCGAAAAACGAGCGCUCGACGCCGAUUGGCGGAAUCAAGGCGGGAAUUGCGGCGCCGCCGGCGCCACGCAAAAGCUCGCGAUUGAGCGAAAUGGCGUCGCGGCGCAUCUCGCAGGCGACGAGAGCGUCGAGCUCGACGGAAGCCGCCGGCUCGUCGCGAUCAUCGCGAGCCAAUCCGAUUCUCUCGUCGGACACGGAAAACAUGAACGCGACGGCGCCGACGCGCGGACGAAGCUCGGCGACGCCGUCGAGUCGCGGAUCGACACCAAAAGUUCAGAAUUUGCGAAGUUCGACGCGAUACGCGGAAGCGAAAGCGGGAAAAUCGCCGUCGGGACGCAAACGCGACAUCAAACAGCCGUUGAGCUCGCGAAACUCGAAUCUCGUCCGCAGUCUGUCGGGAUCGACGAAUUCGGUGUCAUCAACGGCCAACGAGCUCAUCGAAAACGUCGAAGAGCCGUCGUCGCACGAAUCGGGCGCCGCCGGCGGCGUCGCCGCCGCUUCGCAACACUCGGAGGGCGUCGAGAGCGCGGAAAACGCGCGAGAGCCGGCGUUCACCGAUGAAUAUCGCGAAUUCAUGGACGUCUACCUGAAAAUGGUUCGGAUUGAAGAGUCGAUUUUGCGCUAUAGCUGGAGACGAACCGAUCGGCUUCUUCAGAACCUUGACCGAAACGUGCUGCUGAACACGUCGCUGGCGCGUUAUCAACUCGGACGCGCGUGUUUCGAGCAGGCCGAAUACGGCGAAUGCCGCAACAUUCUCAACGAAUUGUACUCGCGUCGGCCGUGGCGCGUCGACGGCACCGAAUUGUUGUCGACGUCGUUGUGGCACCUCCAAGACGCGCACAAUUUGUCGAGUUUGGCCGAAAAGCUGACGACGGAGGCGCGCGAGCGUCCGCAGAGCUGGUGCGUCGCCGGCAAUUGUUUCUCGUUGCAGCGACAGCACGUCCAAGCCGUCGAAUGCAUGGAACGCGCGUUGCAAUUGGACAAGAAUUUCGCGUACGCCUACACCCUAUUAGGGCACGAGUUGAUUGUUCAAGACGAGCUCGAAAAAGCAGCCGGCUCGUUUCGAGCGGCGAUUCAUUUGUGCCCACGCGAUUAUCGAGCGUGGUACGGUUUGGGAUUGGUGCAUCUCAAAAAGGAGCAAAAUGCGCUGGCGCAGACAAACAUCCAAAAAGCGAUCAGCAUCAAUCCGACGAAUCGGGCAAUGCUUUGCACACUGUCGCAAAUUGAGCAGCAGCGAGGACGGACCGAUCAAGCGCUCGCUCUCAUCGACAAGGCGAUUUCGCUCAAUCCCAUGGAUAUCGCGUGUCGAUUCAACCGAGCGCGUUUGUUGUUCGAGGCGAAACGAAACGAGGAAUGUUUGGACGAAUUGAACAAAUUGAAGAACAGCUCGCCGGACGAGGCUUUCGUUUUUCACUUAUUAGCACGCGUUCACCGCCGCGUCGGCAGCACCCAUUUGGCGUUGCUCAAUUAUAGUUGGGCGGCCGAAUUGGAUCCGCGCGGCGAUCAGAAUCUCGGCGACGCCUCAUCGGGACCGGCGAGUCGCGAGGAAUACGAGGACGAAGAGUAUUCAUCGUCGGCUUGA